UAAGAUAUUUCGUUGAUGUCAGGUGGCAUUCAAAAGCUUAUUAUGAUGGAUACAUCAUAUGACAUGGUAAGAUUGUGCAGAGGUGCUGUACUAGAUGCAUCUGGUAGUGAUAUUGAAACAUCAUUUGUUGUUGGUGAUGAGGAGUUCUUGCCUAUAAAGGAAAGUUCUCUAGAUCUCAUUGUCAGUUGUUUGGGACUUCAUUGGACAAAUGAUCUUCCUGGAGCCAUGAUACAAUGUAGAUUGGCAUUGAAGCCUGAUGGCCUUUUCUUAGCAGCUAUUCUUGGUGGAGAGACUUUGAAGUUAUUUAAUUCUAUUUCUUGUAAAAGAAAAUUGGGUAUUGUGAGGGAUGCAGGCAAUCUUUUGACAAGGGCAGGAUUCACGCUUCCAGGUGUUGAUGUUGAUGAAUACACUGUCAGAUAUGACAGUGCUCUGGAGCUGAUUGAACAUCUUCGGGCAAUGGGUGAAACCAAUGCUCUUAUGCAAAGGAAUAAGAUCUUGAAGAGAGACACAGCCUUGGCAACUGCUGCCGUGUACCAAUCAAUGUUUGCAGCAGAGGAUGGAACCAUUCCAGCAACUUUUCAGGUUAUCUACAUGACAGGGUGGAAGGAACAUCCAUCACAGCAGAAAGCCAAAAGAAGGGGCUCUGCUACCAUAUCAUUCAAUGACAUCCAAAAGCAAUUUGGUACGUCCAGAUUGUAGAGUUGGUUGGAGACAUGGUUAAAACAGGAUGUUGAUAUUCAGUUUUUAGAUGAUCUCGGAGAGCCUUGACAUGCUUACUUCCACAUUUAUGCAUGAUUUCGUAUUUCAUCUUCUUGUGAUUUAUAUAUUGUGGCAACUGUGCCUGACUGCCUGACUCAUGGUCCAACUUAGUCAUGAGAAUUUUGCAUCAAGCACGAUAAAAUGAGUACUUUUACCUUUGUUAGGAAGUAGAUGGGAAUUUCCCAAAGUACUGGGUAGGAAAUAAGUCCAUGCAAGAACACAGUUUCUGUAUCCUCUUCCAGAUUUAUGUGAAUAUGUAGCAGUUACUUAA